UUUGAAUAGGUGAUCUAAUUGAGGACGCCAUUUUGAAUCCACACGAAGCGACAGCACAUUACUCCUUUGUGAAUUUUGAGUAGAUAUACAGGACCAAGAGCAUGGGAUCUUAGCCUUGAAAACAGACCAAACUUUAACAAUGGGUUUGUAUACGCGUGUGAUUUUGGUGGGAUUUACCUUGACACUGUACGCGUCAUGGUGCGGAAGUGUUUCACAAUCGGGCGUUUUCCACUGGUUAGCAGAGGAUCGAUUCGACGAAAUCAUGGACAGAAUGUCGUCCGUUACCGCCGAUAACUGCAGAUCCAAACCAAAAGAGAAACUUCGCCUUCCCAUGGAAACCGUUUCACAGUUACCACGGUACAAUAUGCUACUCAGUACCGUAAUAUACUCCAACAGAUCCCAACUUUUACAUUUACACAACAUGGCUCUCAAUCGGGCAUUUUUCUACAGUUUCAUUUACCAGAGACAGAACAGGUCCGAAGAUUUCAUGAACCAGCCAGGUCUUCAGUACCUAUACAUGGCGGCCACUGCCGACGUGACUGGAAGUGAGGGAUUCAUAAACGGCUCGGCUUUGUACUUCGACAAUCACUGUAGUUACCCCCAAUGGUACCUCUAUAAUGGUGUAGAAUUCAACAAAACACUUCCCCUAUUUGGACCUCGAGCUUGGAGAACAGACGAUUAUAACGAACCGACAAAUUGGUUACGAGAACCAACGAACAAUACUGUGGACAUCCACGAUUAUGGGGCAGGGACAAUGAAAAACUAUACGAGCGAUGCUUUCAAGGCCGCCCCUUGGUAUUCUGCAUGGCUUCCGGACUACGACAAGAGUAAAGAUUCUCUCAGAAAGUUUACUUAUUUCGUAAACGUCAAGUUUUCCAACGCCACAGGUCAGUUUACACAUAAAGAGUUCGAGGGAAUCGAUUUUUUCGGCCCUCCCCAACCCGGACAGUCGGAUAGGGACGUGUCCCUCCCGGUCGAAUGGACGAUGCCGUACUUUGACUGCGGACGUUCCAACAGGUGGAUCGUCAGUGCCCACUCGCCUGUAGUCGAAUACAUGCCGAGAUACUCCAAUUGGACCCAUCUCCGUAGACCCAGAUUUGUUGCAGUAGUGACCCAGGACAUCGAGUUUGAGAGGAUAGAUUUCAACCCCUGUCCAAAGAGUGAAGGCAACCCCGACCCGAACUACUUGAAGGAUACUGCACGGUGUAAACCCACCACAAUGUGUGAGCCACUGAACGGCUAUGGAUUCCGACGAGGUGGUUACCAGUGUGUAUGUCGACCUGGAUACUACUUUCCCUGGUGGCAUGGUGGGCCAUUCCUGGGAGACGAGAUUGAGAUCGCGACAGAAGACGAAUAUUCGAACAACUUUGAUUGCCUCCCUGUAGAAGAGCUCCAGGUGAUACCAAAUGAAAUGCCUACAUUUGUGCAGAGGAGAAGGAAGAGAUCAACAUUAAUAGCUAAGAAGUCCACUUUAUUUAACAUUAUUACCUCUGGACAGAGUCCUAGAGUCAAGUUAGUGGCCAGAAGAUCUGUUCCAAAGGAUAAAAUGAAAGAAAAGCUCAGAAAUCGUAGACAUAUUCCACGUUACCAAGGACAAAGUAAGAAAGUUCGAAAUAAACGUGAUCUAUUUGAUGCUGAUAAGAGAGUUAAAAUGGACAAGAUUUUGUUGAGAAAGGCACAGACCAAUUCUGCAAACUGUAAAACCAAAAUGCCUUACGAACUCUUCCUCCCCGGAGAUGUUGCCUAUGGUGUGGAGAAACAGUUUGAGGCUCAAGGACGCACAGCUCUUCGUUUAGCCCACUUUCUCUCAGACUUCUUACAAAAUGUUGAUGAAUAUGAGAAUUUUGGUAGUAUGACUGGUGACAGGCGUUUAAAUGAAACCCAUUUGUUUGGAGAAGUUAUUGCUAAUGUCAUGUCAGACUAUAAAAUCCUCGGCAGUGGUGUUUUCUUUGAGCGUUACAAAUUCCGCAUGUCCCCACCUAUUAAUUACACUGAUCCUCGAUACUCCAAUGGCAUUGUUAGAGAAUUUUUUGGUCCGUAUUCAUGGAGGAAGCAGACCAAAACAGGUGAUGGUUUGGAUGAAUUCUUUGCUGUGGACUCUGCUGGAUACUCCAAAUACUACACAGAUGAGGUUUGGUACAGAACUAUCAAAUCGAGAUGGCAGACCAAUUUCCAUAGUCUUGUUAAAUACACAGCCAAACCCAUGGUGAGGUCUGAUGUGAACGGCACUAGUCUUGUCAGGUUUGAGUACUACCCCAUCCAGUACUACGCUCCCAAGUAUGAACAUGGAGAAUGGCUGAGACCAGAGUUCAAAUGUGAUGACCGUGUCAUGGACUGGGUGGUUACCUAUGUGGUUCCAUUUUUCGGAUUUAAUGAACUGAAAACAAUGCAUGAAUUCAAGGGAGUUGUGAAAGUUGAUGUCAAAUUGGAUUAUCUAGAUAUAAAUCAGUGUCCUCAGGAUUUUUAUGUCGCCAACGCUUUCAAAAAUACUGCAAAAUGUGACUUCAAAUCCACUCUCUGUAUUCCCCUUCCUGGAAAAAGGUUCCAAACGGGCUCCUACAAAUGUGAAUGUCGUCAGGGAUACGAGUAUCCAUUCAAUGACCUUGCUUGGUUCUACGAUGGUCAAACUAUGGAGGAAGAGUAUUCCAAGAAGUUGAGAGGAGAACCAAAUAGGUUUGGAACCCUGAAGUGUCGUAUAGCUGGUGCUGCUUCCAUUGUUGCCAACUGGGCCUUAGUUACCGGAUCUAUCUUGGCCUUCCUCUUCCUACAGCGGUGGUAGAUGGCAGGGCUGGAGAAACAACACAGAUUACUUUUGUUGAAAGUGCCAUAUUGAAAAUAAGGUGUUUAUUUUCACACUGAUAGGCGUAAUCAUGUAUGGUAUUUUACCUGAAGUGCAAGAAAACAUUAAUGAUAAUUGUACUUCUGUAUGGUAUUUUAAAUUGAAGUGCAAGAAAACGUUUCUGAUAAUCUAAAUAAUAAAAAACAUUGAUAAUUCAGAAUCUUUUUAAAAUGUUGGAUGAAAGUUUUAUCAAAGUGUAAUACAAUGUUUUUUGAAUGAAAUCGGGAUAUAUUAUUUUAUGGACAAAAUAAGAUUAAAGUUUCAAUCGGAGUUGAUGAAAAAUGUGUGUAUGCUUGUGAGAAAGGGAUACUUUAUAUUGUAUGAAAUAUAUUUUUAUACAGAGAAAUGGAAAUCUAUGCAAAUGUGAUAUUGAAUGUGUAUGAUUAUAUCAAUUGUAAAUAUUUGUAUAUUUUGUAUAUAGCGGUAUAAAUGUAUAUAUUUUCUAAAAAUCAUAGCUCAAAGCGUAAACCCCUUCCAUGAGUUAAACAGUUUCGUUGUAAUUCAAAAGUAAGAAAUAUCUUCAAAAGAUGUCACCACCUUCAAUCCAACGACAAUAUAUAUAUAAGUGAUUUCCUGUGAACAUUUCAAUAAUAUGCAUGCCAUUUUCUUAUAGAACAAAUUCUAGUGCAUUCCUAAAUUUUAGCAGAUUAGUACAGUGGUGAAUUUGCCCACCAAACAUUUUCUAUAGAAAAAAAGAGAAUACUUAGAAAAUGAAACUAAUACAAUGCCUCCAACACAAAUAUAGAUUUCCUUAAAAUAUUAAUGUUGACAGUAUUGUCACAACAUUAUAAUAAUAAUGAUUUAUUAUCAUUACUAUAUAAUAGUAAUUCUAUAUUAUUAUAAUAACUUAAUCUGUUGUAAAUAAGGAGACUUUAUACUGGUCAGCACCACUGAUAAUUUAAUUUUCUUCUGUACAUCAUUAAUUAAGACCUGCUCUGCUAUUCUAGACUUGCCUUAAAUAAAUGUAGGAUUUUUCAAAAUAUUUAAGGUUUGAAAUUAAAAUUGGCAUGGCUGAAUUCAUUACAUGCAGCUGAAAAUUAAGAUUUGAUUCUUUUUAAAGUGAAUGAAAGUUGAUUUGUCUUAGUUUAUUAUAAAAGCAAAUAUCUUCCUGUAUUUUGUGCAAGAAUGUAUAAAUGGUUGUGAAAGGAAUUUGGGGGCAAAAUAUGAAAAUGAGUGUCGUUAACAUUUAAGUUGAUUAUUGAUAUGUAUAUACAUAGGUACAUCAUUGCUUCAUUGCAAAUAACUAAUUUCAAGAGUGCUGAGGAAUUUGUUGGAAAAUACAUUUGUAUGUAGAUAAAUUAUAUAUAAUGUCCCAUUUAUUUUUCAUCAACAGUUGCCCUUUUCAAAACAUGAUAGCCCAUUUCUCCUGGAAUUAUUUACCUUGAAAUAAUCGGAAAAAAUUCUAUACCAAGUGUAUUACCAAUAAUUUAUUGAAUGUAAAUUGUUUUUCUAUCUAAUUCAAUCAUUUGUUGUCUCGUUAUCUUUUUGCGGGUUUGUCUGGUUCAGCAGAAGAUAAACAAUGUCAUGUAAUUUUUUUGAUUUUUUUUAAUAUACCCGUUAAUUUUUGGGGUCCGUCUUUCUAAAACAAUUGUUUAAACGUUGAAGAUUUUCUAAUUGUUAACGAUUCUUGUACGCAUCAAGAUCAAUGUAGGGCUAGUCAUUUUACACCUAACAUUGUAUAUAGAUGGUCUAAUUUACAUCCUGUUUUUACCUAACAUUGUAUAUAUAUAAUCCAUUAUACAUCCUUCAUGUAUAUCAUGCUUUUUUUCUACAACAGAUUAUUAAUAUUUUGUCAUUCAAGUCUUUGAAUGAGGAUUAUUUUGUAUAAUGAUGAUUUAAUAAAUAUAAAUAUGAAUCUUGAA